AUGGAGUAUGAAGCCGCCGAACGUGCCGAUCAAACAUCCCCCGAUAGCGAGCGGGAUAAACCAAGCAACAAGUUGAAGGCAAGAAGCGCCCAUUAUGUUGGUACAGUAGAAUGUGGCAUAGAGAAGAAAGACUCCGAGGCUUCCAUAGGUGAAGAAUAA